AUGAUCAAGAAGCUACUUGAACAAGAAGACUUAGUCAUAUGCCCCGAAGGGACUACAUGUCGUGAGCCGUUUUUGCUAAGGUUUUCGGCGCUGUUCGCGGAGCUGACCGACGAGCUCGUGCCGGUGGCGAUGUCGAACCGGAUGAGCAUGUUCCACGGCACCACGGCCAGAGGGUGGAAAGGGAUGGAUCCGUUUUACUUCUUCAUGAACCCUAGCCCGGCUUAUGAAGUGAACUUCUUGAAUAAGUUACCGUACGACUUGACGUGUGGGGCCGGGAAGUCGAGCCAUGAUGUGGCGAAUUACAUACAGAGGAACAUCGCCGCGAGCUUGUCGUACGAGUGCACGACGUUCACUCGGAAGGACAAGUACCGGGCUUUGGCCGGAAACGACGGCAUUGUGGAGGAGAAGCCUAAGCGUGCUGCCGCAGCUAAGAAAAUCAUGGGCUGCUGA